GGACUCUUAUUGUGAAAGCGGGAGGAGGCCGGUACAAUGCUUAGUCACGGUGAGUUACAGCUUCCCCCCCCUCCUUCCUAUGUGGCGCACAGCUCGGGAGACCGCGAUGGAGGUAUUGAACUAGACUACUUGUCAGCUGAUCCGACGGCUUCUUAGUGAACACAGCAGUGUAAACACAUUCCUUAGCUGGGCAACCUCUAGGAAGAGUCUCCGGAGAAAGCCACCGAACCCACCCCUCCUCCCCCAUUCCCAAGGGCUCCAAGUUACGCUUAUGACACUUUUGGCACUCUACUGUGUUUUUUUUUUUUCCCUCUUUAGAGUCGACAAGGCUUCUACUGGCUCAUCUACAGUAUCUGCCUCAGCUCUCACCACAACUGCAGCCCCCUGAAGGGAGCUUUAAUUAUUACCUCUUAAAAAUGAAGCAGUAAAUCUGACUUUUUUUCUCUUUCUCUUGAAUAAUCGGUAUGCAAGACUGACCUGUGCGCAUGGUGAAUCUCACAAGCAUUUAAGUUAAUUUGCCAAAAGAAACUCCAAAAAGAUGAUCCCCUAGACAAGAGACAGACUGCUUUCUUUGUCAGGACAGAUUGACACGUUUCUGUAGAUCAACCCAACACCAACAAACAGCUGGAUUAAGAUCCCUUUGAGUUUUUUACUUGUUCAGUUUAUUAUUCUUUCACUUUGUUCUGCAAAGACAACCCACGGGCUAAGGCAGAGGAAUCCAUCCCGAACUCAAGACAUUUUAAUUAUGUUGGAACUGCAACAUGUAAAAGUGCCACCAGCCAUGACUGGCAGCUCACACACAAGUCUUUAGUAAUGCCAUAAUGAGCAAUAUGGCUGGACUCAAGUACUGAACAGAGCAAGGAAAUCCUCAUGUACGUAUAAAACAAACUUAAACUCUUCCACAAAAACCCAGGAGAGCCAGGAGCCUUCUGCAGAGUCGUCUGCCAACUUUCAGUUCAAACUCUUAUUUUACCGAUGCCUGCGCCUGGUGCAAGGAUGCCCCAAAACACCGCCCGCUGUUCUUGAGAAAGCGAGUAAGGAGGAGGAGAACGGGUAGGAAAUGACAGAGUGCCUGACAGAAUGCAAAGCGCUGGUGACUCCGUCCACGCGCAAUGGCCACCGCGUCUUCAGCUACACACUAGAGAGUCACACGGCAGCCGCCUUUGCCAUCAUGAACGAGCUGCGUCUGGAGCGUCAGCUGUGCGAUGUGACGCUGCGUGUGCGCUACAAAGACCUGGAGGCGGUGGACUUCGUGGCUCACAAGGUGGUGUUGGCCUCCUCAUCCCCAGUCUUCAGGGCCAUGUUCACCAACGGGCUGAAGGAGUGCGGUAUGGAGUUGGUGCCCAUCGAGGGGAUCCAUCCCAGGGUUAUGGACCGACUAAUAGAGUUUGCCUACACGGCCAGCAUCUCCGUAGGGGAGAAGUGUGUGAUUCACGUGAUGAACGGCGCUGUCAUGUACCAGAUAGACAGCGUGGUCAAGGCCUGCUGCGAUUUCCUCGUCCAGCAGCUCGACCCCAGCAACGCCAUCGGAAUCGCCAACUUCGCUGAGCAGAUUGGCUGCACGGAGCUACACCAGAAGGCUCGCGAAUACAUCUACAUGAACUUUAGCCAGGUAGCGACCCAAGAGGAGUUCUUCAACUUAUCCCACUGUCAGCUCGUCACCCUCAUCAGCCGCGAUGAGCUCAACGUGCGCUGUGAGUCCGAAGUCUUCCAGGCGUGUGUGGCCUGGGUGCGCUAUGACCGGGAGAACCGAAGACCGUAUGUCCAGGCCUUACUCCAGGCUGUCCGCUGCCAUUCCCUCACCCCCAACUUCCUGCAGGCCCAGCUCCAGUCUCUGGACUGGGACCCCCAGUGUAAAGACUACCUGGCUCAGAUCUUCCAGGAUCUCACCCUCCACAAACCCACCAAAGUCAUUUCUUGUCGAACACCCAAGGUGCCACAGCUCAUUUACACAUCGGGGGGUUACUUCCGUCAGUCUCUCAGCUACCUGGAGGCGUAUAAUCCCUGUACAGGAGCCUGGCUGAGGCUAGCUGACCUGCAGGUGCCCCGGAGUGGCCUUGCAGCCUGUGUGAUCAGUGGGCUUUUCUAUGCUGUUGGUGGAAGAAACAACGCGCCUGAUGGAAACAUGGACUCAAAUGCGUUGGACUGCUACAAUCCCAUGAACAACUGCUGGCUUCCGUGUGCACCAAUGAGCGUACCCAGAAACCGAAUCGGAGUUGGUGUCAUCGAUGGCAUGAUAUAUGCCGUUGGUGGAUCUCAUGGCUGCAUUCAUCACAAUAGUGUUGAAAGGUAUGAUCCAGAAAGGGACCAAUGGCACUUGGUAGCCCCCAUGUUGACAAGACGUAUUGGUGUGGGUGUUGCAGUCAUCAACCGGCUGCUUUAUGCUGUGGGAGGGUUCGAUGGGGCCAACAGGCUCAGCUCCUGUGAGUGUUACAAUCCUGAGAGGGACGAGUGGAAGACCAUGGCACCCAUGAACACCGUGCGCUCCGGAGCCGGUGUGUGCUCACUGGGGAAUCACAUCUUUGUGAUGGGCGGCUACGAUGGCACCAACCAGCUGAACACAGUGGAGCGCUAUGAUGUGGAAACUGAUACGUGGAGCUUUGCUGCCUCCAUGAGGCACCGACGCAGUGCUCUGGGAGUCACUGCAUUACAUGGACGCAUUUAUGUAAUGGGAGGUUAUGAUGGCAACACUUUCCUGGACAGCGUGGAGUGCUACGACCCAGAGAAAGACACCUGGGCGGAGGUGACACACAUGACGUCAGGACGGAGCGGCGUAGGCGUGGCCGUCACCAUGGAGCCGUGCCAGAAAGAGUUGCCACAGUGUCAGAAGUCUGAGAGGGAGAAUGGGGCUGCAUCACCGGGCUAUCAGUCCACCAACUCCGGUUUCAGCUGUCACCACAAUCAGCGGCACGACGGGCCCUUCGGCAAAGGCACAUGAGGAUCAUCGCUAGACCCUGUCACACACGCACAUACACAGACGAGCACCCUGAAACUCCACUCAGUCUUCCCAAAUUGAAAUUAAGACCCUCAACUGAUUAGAGACAGAGGUGAGCUAAAACACCACGUGCUGCCUCAUUGAUUAUAGAGAUCAGACUUGAUAUGAUUUUUUUCCUUUAAAACUAAAUCAGUAACACUUUAUUUUAAAAGUGCAGUGUUGAUACUCCUCAAUAAGGUGACACAAAAGUCAUGAGUAUCCACAUUGGAAUAUCCUAAUAAAGUAUGCCCCCAGAUCCUACAUUCAGGUUUCCAAGACCUGAAAUUUGAUUAAUUUGUUUGUGGUAAAUCUGACAGACCUCAGUUGAAGUCCUCAGUCGGACCAUUAUCUCCCAGGUUUGAGCCAUGGGAGGAAAGGGCUGCAUACUAAAAAGGGCCAUUCUCUGGCUCAAAGAUGGGGCUCAUCAGGGGCUCUUUUACUUUAAGAGCAGCCAUAGCAAAAGUUAAAUCUGAGGGGAGGGGAAAAAAAAGUUCAAAUGGUCCCAUUUUGUAAAAAAAAAAAUAUUAAAAAGUAGCGUUGUCAGCAUAGGCAGUAGAGUUCAAAGUGCCAUUAACAAUGCCUGUGGGCAUUACUGUCAUCAGUAUGUUGUCUUGAGAUGCUUUGAUGGAAAGGCACAGACAGAGUCACAGUGUGGUGUGUAGAUAAUUAUAAAGUUAACCCAGAUAGCCACAAGAUGAAGCUUAUACAUGAUGAUGGGCCUCAUGCAAGAACAUUUUCUGUAUUUCUCAUCCUGAACCUCUCUUUACUUUUUCCAGUACAAACUUAAGCAGACUUUCUUAACUGCACAAACUAAUAACCAACACUCCCAAAUUGCUAUAGAAGGUUACUUGUUCUGCUUUGUUUUGGGACAAGUUUAAUUCACCCAAGAGUAAAAUAAAAACAGUUUCAUACUGUGGUGUCUGUAGUCGUAUGGUGGACCAAAAAAAAAAUAUAUAUAUAUAUAUUACUAUAGCUGUGUCAUUACAAAGCGAUGCCAUGACAGAAAUUCUCAAAAGUAGUCCAUGACUGAAUGAGAGGCGGCAUUCAAGGGAGCAUGACACUCGUCGAGAUGGGCUUGAGAAUGUAUUCCAUUAAACAGAAGGUGAUGUUAAACUGUUGGGUGUUAUAAUGAAGGGUGUUCAUCUGUAUAAGCUCCAAAUUCAUUCAGAGUAAGGCAUCUUCAAACACAUAUAUAUUCUCUCCCUGUAGAGAGGCAGUGUAUCUGUACAUGACUCAUGCGACAGGCCUGGACCACCCCUGACUUUUGUUUGUACAUGAGAAAGUCAUUGCCACACAUUCUCUUAAAUCACUCAUACCUCAAUUUUAGGAUUUCAUCUCUUCACAUCAGUGGUUCUCGCAUGAGGCCCAAAGUCACAAAAUCAAGUGCUGGUACAAGAGAAGCAGGACCUUACAGUAACUGCAUAGUAACAAAAGUGCCCUCUCUCUAAUAGCCACUAUGUUCAUUAAAAUGUGAUUUUUUUGGAAAAGGUGUUGGCAGAUUAUUGAGUGUUGCCUCUUGUAAGGCUACCAGAGAGUCUGGUCCAGUAUAUUUGGUAUGUGGAGUGCCAAGAGAAUGAAGAAACCAGUUCUGACUGUGUUUAGAGGAAAGGGAAUACUGUAGCAUUUAACUUCAAACAUCUCACUGAAUGUGUUUUAUAAAAACACUAAUUACUGACACAAUUGAGAACCUCCCCUUACAGUUGACUUCUUGGUUUUUCACUUCCACGAGACCUCAGAAACAGAAGUGACCAUGUUUGUGCAUUAGUGUUCAGAUAGUGUAUGCUAAUGACAAAAAAAAAACUUGCUUAAAGAAGUGUAUUUGUAACAGCAAUUUAAGCUACAAAGGUUUUUAAGUGAUGUUUUGUACAUUGAUAUUCUAAGUCUUGUACAGAAUUUCAGAGCUCACUUUUUUAUUUAUUUGUUCAGAUUCUUUUGGUUUUCUCGUUCCUCUAAACUGACAUCAGCUUUGUAUUGAAUUGGACUCUGGUGUUGUGUUUUUGAAUAACUAGCAUGCAUUGUAAUUAAGUAGGAAUGCCUGUUAAUGCUAAUUUUGGAUGUUUGUAAAAAAUUUGCUUCACUCUGAAAGGGACUUUUUUUCCUGUCUGUCAGUAGUUGGAAUGGAAAUUAGAAUAUUUAAGGUCUGCUUUGUACAUUUUUUUUUCCAGCAAAAAAAUACCCUGUACAAUAAUACAUUGUAAAGUAAAAUAUAUGUUUAUUGUAA